CACCAACUAGCUUUCCUCCUCGAGAGUGUUUCCUCGUGAACAGUCGCCAUAUUAGAUGUGCGACCACAUGAUAUAAGUGCCAGUUGGUGAUCGCCCUCGUCAGUUUGCGUUGUUGUGCCAAACCUACGUGUUGUACCCUGCUUAUCUCUGAUAAGAAAUAUGAAGUUGCUUAUACUCUCUGUCUGCCUGCUGGCAACUGUCAUGAUUUCCCACGCUUACACUAUCGGUAACGCAGCUUUACAUGGUGCAAAGCUGUCACGUGCGGAAAUACAGGCAUGUUAUAGGAGUGCGAAUAUGACAGAAGACGAACUUAUCACGAAAGACGAAAUAAAGGACGGUACGUACAAUCAAGACGCCGAAAGGGCGAAGAAGAACGGCUGCUUCUCGGCAUGUGUACUGCAAAAGCGUAACUUGAUUGUUGGCACAGAGAUCCAGAAAGAUAAAUUGUAUGGCAAAGAAGCUCAUGUUAAUGUACCUCAGGACGUCCAAGACGCUAUAUACGCAACUGUAGACCGUUGUGUGAAGGAAGUCAAAACAAAUCCGGAUCUGUGUGAGAAAUCUCUCCAAUUGCUAGUAUGCCUUUCGAAGGAUUUUAUUUAAUCUGACAGAGAUUGCUAACAACUCGAUUUCUAGAUUUAAAGAUAAAUCACUAGUUCGCAACUACUAACAAAGUUAGAAAGAAAAUAAGAAAUGAAGAAAUGAUACAUGAUGCUACACGAGAAGGUAACUUAACAUUUGCAGGAAAUGUGGAUUACUUUACGUUAAUAAAGUCUCAUUUAUGUAUUGUCUUUCAUUAUUUGAAAUAAAAUUGUGAGGACA